AUGGCCUCUGAGAAAGACACCACAGAAUCUAAUGCCCAAACAUGCAAAGGUAGUGGCACCAAAGAAACUUCGAAACCCUCUGCAAAGCCAAGCGGAGCCGUUGAUAUCGACCAGGAAGUCGAAGAUGUGUACCAUCAACUUCCCGCCCUUCCAUCACCACUGCCAAAGCCACACCGGGAAUUUGCUCACUGCAAGCCUCCUGAGACGCCAGCCUAUCGCAAGUUCUCCGUCUUCACAGCCGGCAGCAUAGAAAUGGGCAAAGCAGUGCAGUGGCAAAGCCAGAUGGCGACCAUGCUCUCACCACUACCAAUCACGGUCAACAACCCUCGACGAGGCCACUGGGAUCCCACUGUCACGCCUGAAGCUAAGGACGAAGCCUUUCGGCAGCAGGUCGAGUGGGAGCUCAGUGCGCUCGAGCAAGCAGAUGUGAUUUGUUUCUUCUUCGACGUCAACACCAUGAGUCCCGUCACCUUACUGGAACUAGGUAUAUGGGCUGCGUCUGACAAGGUGGUCGUGUGCUGUGACCCAAAGUACUGGCGCUCAGGCAACGUACACAUUGUCUGCGACCGCUAUGACAUACCAGUCGUAAACACGUUCGCAGAGCUAGUACCUGCGAUUGAGAAGAUGCUGGUAGAGAAGGGCAUGCAGCUCGACCAGAAUGGCGACUUGAUCGGAGAGAAUCAGCAUAUUGACAAGCCACGUCCCAAGAAGAAGUCUGUACUCGAGGCUGAGGUCGAUGAUCUGCAGAAGCAGAUUGCAGCUCUGCAGGCACAGCUGGACAAGCCAAAGGUUUCAUGA